AUGACCUCACCACUGGAAGCAGUCCUUGGACUCCGUGUCAAAAUUGUUACAAUUCUUGACAGCACUGUCACUGGCAAGGUUUACUCAUUUUGUCCCAUAACCAACACGAUAAGCUUGGCAGAGGAUGGUAAUCAUCAUGCCAAGAAGUCUACAUCACAAGUGCCCAACGGAACCUCUAGUCAUAAUGCAGGUGUGAACUACCGGAUAAUUAAGACUUCAUUUAUAAAAGAUAUUGUUGUCUUGGAUAAACCCAAAAAGCAGCAGCAACAACAGCAGCAACAGCCUGGAUAUGGGUUUACCCAUGCCAGCCCUGCUAUUGGACAUGUCAAUGUCGGUUCUUUAGCUGAAAGGGAAAGCCAAGGUGUAAAAAAGGCCCAGCAUGAAGCUUUGGUCAAUGGAGUAGGUGUUACUCCUCUUGGCCAGCACAUCUUCAAUACCCUCUACAAAACACUGCCAACGAGAUGGCAUGAUAAGUCCAUAAUUGUGCUCAAUGAGGUUCGAGUUGACCCUCCCUAUACCGCCGAGUCGUGUCUUGCUGAUACGAACUCAUCGGCAUUGGAGCUUGUAAAAAAGAUCGUUGGCGGAGCCCAUGAAAAGAUGGCUUUGCCAAAGGGCGGCUAA